GUAACAGUGGAGGCUACUUUGGAACACCCGUUCUUUGUAUUUGGACAGGGAUGGUCAUCGUGUUCAGUAUCCAGAACUUUAGCUCGCUAUGGACUGGAUUGUCAGAAAUUAAAUGUUGGAGACGUUUGUAUAUCUCUUACUCACAAAGACGUGAACCUCAAGGCUGCAGAGAUAGGACAGCAGCAGCAUGAGCACAGUGAUCUGACUGACAACACAUUGACCAUGACUGGUACAGCAUCAGCAGAACAUUGUAUUCCUCACUGUACUUCAUCUCUCACUUUGGCAUCUCCAGCAUUUCUUUCUUCAGCUUUAGCGUCAUGCAUCAAAUCAGAAAGUGCAGUUCUGUCUCAGCCAUCAUCUACAUCAUGUGAUAAAAGACAUCUUCAAACAGAUCUGCCGCCACCAUUAUCUAAUAUAGUCCUUGUUAAGAAGGAAAACAAUGGUCACAGUUUACAAACAAAAAAUUCACAGAGAGUUGAGGAGGAGCUGGUGGGAGCUAAGGUGUUUGAAGAGGAUGAUCAGUCUGAUUCAGUCUUGUCCCUUCGGAAAAGGAGAUGGUCAGCUCCUGACACAGGCUGUGUGAAAAUUGAUCCAGAGCAAGAGAGAGAUCAGCUGAUGCCAGUCACUGGAGCACACAAAAAUGAAUGA